GGUUACGUGUCACAGCACGUUCCCUAACGUCUCUCUUCUCAUCAUUCAUUCAUACUCUCUCUCUCUCUCUCACACACACACACACACACACACACUCUUCAUCACUCUAGUGCUGCUACUGUUACUUCCUCCACUUCGCUUCUUCUUCAAUUAGGUUUUCAUUUUCUUCAACAACAAUGAACAUCUUCAAGAAGAAAACCUCACCCAAAGAAGCUCUGCGACAAAGUAAGAGAGAAAUGUCUACUGCAACUAGAGGAAUUGAAAGAGAGAUAGCAUCGCUUCAGAUGGAGGAAAAGAAGUUGGUGGCAGAGAUUAAAAAAGAAGCAAAAACUGGAAAUGAGGCUGCUACAAGAAUCUUGGCUCGUCAACUAGUUAGGUUACGCCAACAGAUAACCAAUUUGCAGGGAAGUCGUGCUCAGAUCAGGGGUGUAGCAACUCACACACAGGCAUUAUAUGCAAGCACUUCAAUCUCGACAGGGAUGAAGGGUGCAACUAAAGCAAUGGUGGCAAUGAAUAAGCAAAUGGCACCGGCAAAGCAGGCUAAAGUGAUACAAGAAUUCCAAAAGCAAUCAGCACAAAUGGACAUGACGAUUGAGAUGAUGUCAGAAUCUAUUGAUGAAACUUUAGACAAAGAUGAAGCCGAGGAAGAAUCUGAAGAGCUCACUAACCAGGUUCUUGAUGAAAUUGGAGUGGAUAUUGCAUCACAGUUAUCUUCUGCUCCGAAAGGUCGGAUUGCUUCAAGGACAACUGAAAAUGUUGCUCCAAGAUCAGAAUCCCAAGAUGUUGAAGAGCUUGAAAAGAGAUUGGCUUCUCUACGAAGAAUAUAAAGAUCUGCUACAGCUGUUGAUAGAUGUGUUUCUUAAUGUACAAAUUCAUCAUAUAUUCUAUAUAGCAACAAUAAGAUUGUACUCUAAUGGCACCUCAUUUUGUUACUGCUUUUAUUCGUUGUUAGAUAUGAAGCAUAGUUGCGGGACUCGAAUGUAUCACUAGCAGAAGCAUUUAUAAAUUGGGCGUUUGUUUGGUUAGGAUCUAA